AUGAAAUAUUUUUUGUUCAUCAAUGUCCUACUUGCUGGUUUCUAUUCUGUCGGGCAGUGCAUAUAUAUACGCUUGGCUGUCCAGAAUACAGUUGACUAUGUCGCCUCUUCACCUUAUUCAGGCAGCUACAGCCUUGAUUUUAAACAAUCAACACCUUUAUUUAGUUCAAGUUGUGAAGGAGAUUGGGGAGGGUUUCUAGAGAAAAGCUGUUGUGGAGCAGCAUUUAGUGAGUACCUUUAUGUAUUAGGCCAAAGAGCAAAUCAAACUGGAAAAUUAUUUCUGAAUUCCACUGAGCAAGGAAGUUGUCUCGUUUUGCUUACAAGGUUUCGUGGAAACAUCUCUGGUUGUGGGAUUGAGAAGCUAGUUAGUGGGAAUGGUGGCUGUUCUGACUACUCUCUUGAUGAUGUUACCAAUAAAUUGGGAGAUAGAGUUAGAAGUUUAAAUGAAAACUGUGAACUUACAAGUUCGCAGUUUUGGUGUCGAUUAUUGGUAGCAGGACUGAAGAUGUUGGAUAUAUCAGACCCAUUUUCACAUGCCUUGUGGGACAAACACUCAACUCUGCUGGUUUGUGUUUUUUGCAUAAUAAAAGAAAGGAAAGACAUAAAACAUAGUAAGAAGAAUAGCAUUAGAAAAGGUGUAUGGAUUCUGAUUGGUUUCCUAAUAGGAGUUGUAAUGAUGGUAUUGGUUGCUGCAUGCUUCCUGUAUAGAAGAUACUUUAAAUCAAAUCUCCCAUCCAAAAACCAUGUGUUCAGGGAUGUCCUUACAAAAGAGCCUGCUUGCCGAAAAGUACCUGUCAAGGAAGUGUAUGCUGCAACAAACAAUCUCUGUGAAUCAAAUGUAAUUGGUGAAGGAACUGCAGGAAAGGUCUACAAAGGGAUACUGUCAAAUAAGCAACCCGUAGCAAUUAAGCACAUCAUUAAUGAUGAAGAUGUUGAAACAUUUGUUAGGGAACUUACUAGCUUAACACAUAUAAGACACCCGAACCUUGUAGCUUUGCUUGGUUGCUGUAACAAGUUUUUUGGUGAUCAACCUGCCAUUGAUGUACUGACGAAGAAGCGAAAUGCAUUGCUUGGAGUGGCUACAAAUGAUGAUGGAAAGCAAGUGGAGGAAGAUGCUAGAUAUCCACCAUGGGUGCAAUGUUGCCUGAAAUCUCAUUAUCUGGAUAAAUAUGAUAUUUGGGGAAGUCGACAGUAUUGA